CCGUAUCGUUUCGAGGUUUCGCAUCAGUUUGGAUCAGCUGAGGCUUAGUCUUAAUAGAAUCUCAGCACGAGAACGACCCUAGCGUCCGACUUGUCAUCACAGACAUGGACUUUGAUAAGAUCUUGGAGAAGUGCGGAAAUGCGGGUCGCUAUCAGUACCUCAUGAUAUUGCUGCUCGGCUACAUAGCCUUCACCACAACAGUGCAUUACUACUCACAGAACAUCAUUGGGUUUGUGCCGCAGCAUUGGUGCUACCAUGAGCAGCUGGUGGAUCGCAGCUUCGAGGAGAUUGCCGCUGUCUACGCGCCCUUUGGCAAAGAUGCCUCCUGCACGCGGCUGGAGAAGAUCGAGGGCAACAAUCUGACGGUGAGCAGCAAGGCCUGUCAGCGUUGGAUAUACAACUACGACUAUGGGUUCAGGAGCAUGAAUGCUGAGCUCAACUGGGUCUGCGACGAUGCCUACAAGGCACGCAUUGGCCAGUCGCUGUUCUUUCUGGGCUCCCUCCUGGGCACCUUCACCUUUGGCAUGCUGGGCGACAGAAUCGGGCGAGUGCGUGCCGUGAUCCUGGCCAAUCAGUGCGGUUUCGUGGGCGAUUUCCUAACCACCUACGCCACGAAUCUGGUGCAAUUUGCCACCUUUCGGUGCAUUUCGGGUCUGGCGGCCACAGCGAAUUAUUAUCUGAUGUUUAUUCUGGUUCUGGAAUACCUGGCCCCCAAGCUGCGGAAUUUGGCCAUUAGCGGCACACUGGGCAUAUGCUUCUGCCUGGGCGCUUUGGUGGCACCUUGGCUAUCGGUGCUGGCCGGCAAUUGGCGCAUCUACUUGACCUGCUCGGCCCUGCUGCAGCUGGUGGUGGCUUUGUUCUACUUUGUGGUGCAGGAGAGCGCCCAGUGGCUGAUCACACGCACCAAUGUGGAGGGCGCCAUUGCCCGACUGAAGCACAUUGCACACUUCAACGGCCGCCAAGUGCCGGCAGCGGACUUUGAGGCAUUCCGCAGGAACUGCAUAGCCAAGCGGAAGCUAUCAAAUCAGCCGGAGCAGACGGCUGGCAUUAUUGACCUUCUGCGAACGCCCAAUCUACGCAAGAUUUCGCUGCUGGUGGUGCUGAUAUUCAUGCUGACUUCGCUGAGCUUCAACACCAUUUCCCGCAAUGUGGAGGGCUUGGGCAUGUCUCCCUUUGUGGUUUUCUCGCUGUUUGCUGUGGUCGUCCCACCAUCGGGCUUCAUCCAGGGGCUCCUGCAGAGUCGUGUUGGCCGCAAGGCCACCGCUUUUUUGGCCAUGCUCUGCACGGGACUAUUGUCCUGCGCCCUUGGCGUGGCCCUGUCUAUGGAGGGUGCACACAGCAGUGUGACCCUACUGCUGUCCUUUGCCCUGCCCAUGAGGCUGGGCAUCUCCUUGAGCUACACUGUCACCUCGCAGUACGCCUCCGAGCUGCUGCCCACGUGUGUUCGAUCACGGGGCAUUGCUGCAGUGCAUCUGGCUGCCGCAGGUGCUUCCUUUCUGUCGCCCUACCUCAUACAUUUGGGCACCAAACUGGCAGCGGCCACGUCACUGAUACUGGCGUUGCUACUGCUGACAGCCUCCUUUUGCACUCUUAUGCUGCCGGAGACGAACAACAGACAACUUCCCAUCACAUUGGCUGAUGGCGAGGCCUUUGGCAAGGGCGAGUCCAUGCUCUCGUUUGAUUGCUGGCGACGUCACGAUGACGAUGUGUCCAAGCAGCCCGCCGAAGAGCUGAAGCUGCAGCCGAUCAAUGGUCAACAGCCCGCCAAGCCUGCAACGGAGGCUGAAGUGUAGUCAGCAUCCGAUGUGAUCCCCCCCAAAUAGGUAUUAGCACAAACAAACACUAAAGAUGGCUGUCAGUAGAUGUGAAUUUUGCUUUAUUUGAUUGAUUUCAUUGCGGUUCACAAUUUCUAACACAAUUUUUAGUUGGAGCGAGAGACCGGUCCGGGCUCCGCGGCGUAUUGAGCCAAUUUCUUGAGCUCAUUAUUUAAAUUUGUGGUAUUCGUGUAUCGUCGGUAUUCUUUUGUCGCAUGUAUUAAGUACUUACUUGUAAGUAAAAGUUUUUUCAUAAGUACAUAUCUUGUAUCUUGUAUCUUUGUAAAUGGUUAUGUAAACUCUUUGUAAUUAUGCAACGCUUAAAUGCCAUAAACA